UGUAUAUGUAUUGAAUCAUAAAAAUUCGGUAUAUUUUUUACAGAUGAACUUGUCGCAGCUGCAGAGAUUUUCAAGAGUAGCUGAACAAACUGAAGCAACUUAUAGGCAGAAACUUAAAGAGGCUAUAAAAGAAAUAAAUAAGGUGAAAAGCAAAAAACGUGCGAAACUUGUAAUAUGUAAGCAACAUGAAACGUUGGAGUUUAAGCGUUUGGCAGCUAAAGUUGAAGCUGUUAUUUCGAAACUUCCUACUGCCAUUACUAAGGAACAGGUGGCUAAUAUUCGCCCUGUACUUAAAGCAUUAGACAAGUUUAUGAGUACAAUGAAUCUUCGGAAGAUAACUGUUAUGGUGGGACUGCUUGAACAACAGUUUGAAAAUCUGGAUGUCUCUAUAUCAGUUGAUGAAGACGCAGUGGCGAGAGCACCUGGAGUUUCUGUUCCAAUGUCGCGAGUACACAGAGUUAUUCUGGAAACUGCCGUAUAUAAUGGUCUCUUGUAUCAUUUAGCACGAGCAAAUGAGAUUCGUAAAGUUGCAUCAGCACCAGCUACAGCUGUAGCACAAGCUGAAGGACCAAUUACUCGCAGCCGAAGAAUUCGUGUACUGAAGAAAUGAAUGAUGAUUUUCAGGAAUUAUUUGUUAGAAAUUAUGAAGAUGUUUGCUGUAAUCAGAGCUUUUUCUUUAUGUAUGUGUUUCCUUUAUGUAUGUACGUAGUCACUUAAGCUUCUAAGUUGUCAUAAUGGGUCUAUAAUGAAGUGCAUAAAAAUGUUGAAACUGCAGCUGUUAUUUUCAUAUUCAUUCUACAUUUAUGGGGAAAAAAUAUUUCUAUGUGUACAACUGUUGUUUGUAUGGGAGCCUUGAUGUAUUACAUUCUUUCUUAAUAAAAUAAACUUUUUCAGUACUGUU